AUCUCCCUUCUCUCUCUAGUUCGAAUCUGAACACAAAGUUAGUUUUUUUUUUCUUGAUACCCGGAUGCUCAAUUCCCUCCUUUAUUUCCGGGCAUAGCUUAAAGUUUCUACCUUUUGUCGUUUUUUUUCUUCUUCUCCAUUGGUUCGUUGAUUUUCUCAAAAGGGUUGCUGCAAGUUUUGAUUACUUAUUCAUCAUCGAAACUUGAGUUGGAGGAGGAGGAUGGGUUGUUUCUCGUGUUUUGAUUCGAGUGACGAUGAGACGCUGAAUCCAGCUGAGGAAUCCAAGGCUCAGAAACAAUCACAGCCGACAGUUUCUAAUAGCUUGUCUGGACUACCUUCAGGUCUUUUGAUUAUUCAAUCACCUAUUCUCUACGGUCACACGCUCUCUCAAGAUCUGAUCCUUAUUAGGCCUAACGUGGUUUGGUCUGGUCAUAACAACUUGGUAGCUGUUUUAGGUGGGGAGAAGCUUAGCUCAAAGAGCAAUGGAGUCUCGAAAACGGAGCUACUUCUUCCAAGAGAUGGGCUUGCACAAAUCGCUGCUCACACAUUUGCUUUCCGCGAGCUCGCUGCUGCUACUAUGAACUUUCACCCCGACACUUUCUUAGGCGAAGGCGGAUUCGGACGUGUCUACAAAGGAAGGCUUGACAGUACUGGUCAGGUUGUUGCAGUUAAACAGUUGGACAGGAAUGGUCUACAAGGCAACAGAGAGUUUCUGGUAGAGGUUCUCAUGCUCAGCCUUCUUCAUCAUCCCAACUUAGUCAACCUUAUUGGUUACUGUGCUGAUGGAGAUCAACGCCUCUUGGUCUAUGAGUUUAUGUCCUUAGGAUCUUUGGAAGAUCACCUCCACGAUCUUCCACCGGAUAAGGAAGCCUUAGACUGGAACAUGAGAAUGAAGAUAGCUGCUGGUGCAGCCAAAGGUUUGGAGUUUCUACAUGACAAGGCAAACCCUCCGGUUAUCUACAGAGAUUUCAAGUCUUCAAACAUUUUACUGGACGACGGUUUCCACCCAAAGCUUUCUGACUUUGGACUUGCUAAACUCGGACCAACAGGAGACAAAUCUCAUGUCUCCACUAGAGUCAUGGGCACUUACGGUUACUGUGCUCCCGAGUACGCUAUGACAGGACAGUUGACAGUUAAAUCAGAUGUCUACAGUUUCGGUGUGGUGUUUCUCGAGCUCAUUACUGGUCGAAAGGCAAUAGAUACUGACAUGCCUCAUGGAGAGCAGAACCUAGUGGCAUGGGCUCGCCCGUUGUUCAAUGAUAGGAGAAAGUUUAUAAAACUGGCGGAUCCUAAGUUAAAGGGGAGGUUUCCAACGCGUGCACUGUACCAAGCAUUAGCUGUGGCUUCAAUGUGCAUCCAAGAGCAGGCGGCUACACGUCCUCUCAUAGCUGAUGUGGUCACUGCACUCUCGUAUCUUGCAAACCAAGGUUACGAUCCGAACAAGAAUGAAAGAGGGGCGAGGUUGAUGACAAGGAACGAUGAAGGAUGUGUGUCGGGAAGUAAAUUUGACUUGGAAGGUUCUGAGAAAGAAGAUUCGCCUAGAGAGACAGCUAGGAUGUUGAACCGAGACAUUAAUAGGGAGCGUGCGGUUGCGGAAGCUAAAAUGUGGGGAGAGAGUUUGAGGGAGAAACGAAGACAGAGUGAGCAAGGAACUUCAGAGAGUAACAGCACCGGUUAAAACCGGUUUGGGUUUUAAACCCCUUUUUUGUUCUUGUAUCACAAACUCUCAUUUGUUCUGAAACAUAGAAAAAAAAUUAAAGAAAAUAAUUUAAAGAAAAAAACAUUGGGACAAA